CCAAUCUUCCCAAUAUGGUUAUGGUCGUGAGAGACUGACUUUAUGUCUCUCGUGUCAUUCGUUUCCUUCGUGAUUGUGAUUAGCAGAGAGGAAGAUGAUUAACUCGUUCACUCCUAAACCUUCCAUGGAUUCAGGCGCUUCUCCUUCAUUUCCAGGCCAGAGCUCUUCUACUUCUCGGAUCGAUGCUCCGGCAACCCUUGUCGGUGUCUCAUCUGUAAAUGGUGUCGAUUCCAAACAGAUGCCUCUCUCAACCACCGAUCCUAGUCUCCCUCUUUUCAAUCUCUCGAUGCUUCAGCAGAAGAUGGACUCGCUUCAGCGAUUCCUUUCUGAAUCCGUCCAUAGUAACACCUUGAUCGGUCAAGAUCGGAUGGAUAUGGUCUCUAGCGAGAUCGUCUCAGCCAUUCACCAGGUCAUCGUCAACGGCGCCUCUCUUCUUGCCUCUUCUCAACCCCAAACCCAUCUUAAUCUCAAUCGUAAUCUUCCCCAAGCUCAAACCCCUCCGAGCCUUCCUGAUAUGAAGGCUUCCACGAGUUCUCUUGUGUUUAAUGGAAAAAAAGCUACGCCUUUUGUACCGAGUAAGGGCGAAACCAAGGUGAGUGGUGUGAAGACGAAAAGGGUAUUAGAUUCGAAAGUUGCAGGAGCUGAUGAGGGUUUGAAGGAUGAGAUGGGUGAUGGAGAUUGCGAAAUCGUGGAGAUGGAUGCAGUAGAAUUACUGGCGGAACACAUACAUCGGUGUGAAAUCUGUGGGAAGGGAUUUAAGCGAGAUGCGAAUCUAAGGAUGCAUAUGCGUGCCCAUGGGAACCAGUUCAAGACACCAGAAGCCCUAGCGAAACCAGAGAAAUGGGACGAUUCGCUGCGGAGAAUCCGAUUCUCAUGCCCUUUCGCUGGCUGUAAUCGGAAUAAAUUGCAUAAGAAAUUCAGGCCCUUGAAAUCGACAAUAUGUUUGAAGAAUCAUUUCAAGAGGAGCCAUUGUCCGAAGCUAUUCUCUUGUAAUCGUUGUAACAAGAAAAGCUUCUCGGUGGUGGCUGAUCUGAAGAGUCACCUGAAGCACUGUGGGGAGUCGAAGUGGAGGUGCUCGUGUGGGACGAGCUUCUCCAGGAAGGAUAAGCUUUUCGGUCACAUGGCUUUGUUCCAAGGUCAUAUGCCUGCUGUUACAGAAGAAGAUGUUGAGGUAAAAGAAGCAGGAAGACAGGAAGACGAAGAUAUGGAAGAGGAAGAAGAAGAAGAAGAAGAAGAGGACGGAGAAGAGGAAGGAGCAUCAACCCAAUUAGGAGGAAAAAGGGGAAGAGAGCCUGCAGUGGCUAAUUACUCUGACGAUGAGUUGUUCGAGGGUUUGCUUAAAGGGUUUGGGACGAUGGAGGGCGGAUCUUAUUUAACAGAUAUGUUGGGUUCUUCUGGUUUGGAUGUGAGCAUGGAUCAGUUGUAUGAGAUUUAGCUCUCACUUCUCAUUCCAUGGCUACCACAGUUGCCUGUUCCUGUGACUUUUUUUAGGUUUCUCUCUAUGUACAUAUUGUUUUGCUUUGUAAUAAUGUUAAGUCUUUCAUCGCUAUUUUUUUUUUUCUCACUAGACCUCUAUUGUGUUGGAAUUUAUUAUAGAUUUCUUGUUCAAUUCUUUCA